CCGGCAGUCCUCAGUCCUCAGUUAUCAACGAGCAGUGUCCGUGGGAGGAUACGUGCCGUGUGUCUGGUCUGUGCUCAAUUAAUUUUCCGAGUAGUGUGGAUUAAAUCAGUGUGAACAUCCAGUUGGGAUAUACGGAAGCCUGAGUAAUUAGCAGCGUGGGACCCAGCGUGGAAUACUUGAGCGGUGAGUGUGCGUGGCGUGGCGCUGCGAGGGGCCGGCGGCGGGAGGGAGGUGGUGCAGGCGCGUCCUCGGGCUGCUGGGGACCGCCGCCACUUGAUCGUGACCCGCACGUAAACACAAACCACAACACCAGCCACCAUGGGUAUCCGCCACUCCAAGAAGUCCCACGACAUUCAGUCCAGCCCCAAGAAAAACGGGAGCACGGCCGAGACGGAGGUGAAGAUCAAAGAGCUGCCUGAGGACGCCCCCGUCAAGCUCGAGGAGGCCAAGGAGGUGGAGACCAUCGAGGAAGUGGCAGAGAAGACCGCCGCGGCACCCAACGGGGAUGCCACGGCAGAGCAGACGCAGGUGGAGGGCCUGAACGAAGCCAACAAGGAGGACGCCAAGGAAAAGGAGACGGAAACAAAGGAAGAAGAAAAGAAAGAAGAAGAAAAGAAAGAAAAGAAAGUCAAGAAGAAGAAAUCAUUCAGGAGUUUCUCGUUCCUGCGUCGGGAGAAGAAGGUCGCCAAGGCGGAGAACACGAACGGGGACUUGCCCAAAGAGGAGGCCAAGGCUGAAGGUGAACAGAAGGAUGAGGUGAAGAAAGAAGAAGCAGCAUCAGUUUCCCCAGUAGUGGAGGAAAAGCAGGAGGAGGCAGCAGCAGCGCCCGCUCCAGCACAGGAGGAGAAGAAGGAAGAGGCCCCCAAGGAGGAGGAAGCCCCCAAGCCAGCUGAGGCCCCGGCCCAGGAGGCUGCUGCUCCAGCAUCCCCCAAGGAGGCAGCCCCUGCUGGUGAGCCUGCUGCUCCAGCCACACAAGUCACCCCUGCAGCAGAGGCCGCACCACCAGCACCAUCUAGUCCCGUCCAGGAAUCCGUACCAGCUCCAGUUGUUGCUCCUGCCCCAGCAGAAACAGCACCUGCUGAGCCUACCCCAGCUCCUGCUGCUGAGCCUACCCCAGCUCCUGCUGCUGAGCCUACCCCAGCUCCUGCUGCUGAGCCUACCCCAGCUCCUGCUGCUGAGCCAACCCCAGCUCCUGCUGCUGAGCCUACCCCAGCUCCUGAGCCUACCCCAGCUCCUGUUGCUGAGCCUACCCCAGCUCCUGUUGCUGAGCCUACCCCAGCUCCUGCUGCUGAGCCUACCCCAGCUCCUGAGCCUACCCCAGCUCCUGUUGCUGAGCCUACCCCAGCUCCUGCUGCUGAGUCAGCUCCAGCAGCACCAGCUGAGCCUACCCCAGCAGCACCAGCUGAGGCUGCUCCAGCAGCUCCUGCUGAGCCCACCCCAGCCCCUCCUGCUGAACCCACCCCAUCCCCUGAGCCUACCCCAGCCCCCCCUGCUGAGCCCACCCCCGCUGCCACAGUUUCUGAAACAGCAACUGUAGAAUCCACACCACUAACAGAAGCAGUAGUUGAAUCUAUACCAACUCAAGCCCAAGAGCCUGUAAUAGAGUCUGUUCCAGUUCAAACACAGGAAUCUGUUGUAGAAUCUAUUCAGGCUCCAGCCACAGAUGUUGCUGUAGAUGCAACUCCUGCUGCAUCAACCGAAGCCACUGUAGUGGCAGCCCCUCCCUCAAGCCAAGAGUCAGCCAAGACGGAAGCUUCUCCUGUUGCGGAGUCUGCCCCAAGUUUGCCUGCUGAAGCUGCCACAGCUGUCCCUGCUGCACCAGCUCAGGAAGAAGUUCAGGAACAGAAGGAGGAGGCCCCAGCAGCUGCCCCUGAGGAGAAAAAGGAGGAAGCUCCAGCCCCUGCUGAGACACCUGCUGCUCCAGCUGAGGUGAAGGAGGAGGCCGUCAAGGAAGAGGCUGCCCCCGUAGCUGAGAGUGCCCCAGCUGAAGAGACUCCUGCUGCUGAGCCCAAGCAGGAAGAGAAGAGUGCAGAGGUGGAGGAAAGUGUUCCCAGUGUGGAGUCUCCUGUUGUGGAGUCUCAGCCCGAGCCAGCUCAGGAGACUGCUCCUGUCAAAGAGGAAGCCCCUGUGCAGGAAUCUUCCCCUGCUGAGGAAAAGACUGUUGCACAGGAAGCCAGUCCUGUUGUAGAGGAGGUUCCUGCUAAGGAAAACUUGCCUACACAGGAAGAAGCACCUGUCCAAGAGUCAUCCCCAGUAGAGGAAAAGGCACCUGCACAGGAAAGUACUCGUGUUGUAGAGGAGGUGCCUGUGAAGGAAAAUGCCCCAGUUAGUGAGGAGGCUCCGGUGCAGGAGUCCACCCCUGUGGAAAAAGUAGAUCAGACCACAGAGAGUGCAGCAGAGCCCACACAACAGUCAGAAGUGAUUCAGACCAGUGAGUCCACACCAGAGAAGAGUGCAGAAAAGGAAACCAAACAGCAGGUCACUGAGGCUGCUCCCAAGCCAGCAACAGAUGACUUGAAGGAGAAGUUCAAACAGCUGGACUCCGAGGUGGAGGCCAUGAUGAGUUUAGCAGGAGGGGGAGAAACGGAGGGUUGAACACCGACACUGGAAGAAAGCGGAGGGUGAAGGAGAGAAAGUGGAAGAGUAAGACUAAUACCUGUGCAAUGCCACAAGCCAUUCCACCGUCAAGUAUAGUCAUGCGCCAUCCCCUCCUGGAGUAUGCAGGUCUCGAGUAGAAGCAGCAACAUCCUCCGACUGUUUUGGGUUACUAAAUUCAACACUGCCGGGAUGCUCUUCAACACUUGUUUGCCAGCUAUUACACAUACUAUUUUCUGUUCUCCAGGAAGAAUACACCUGCAAAGUCAUAAGACAGUUUUAUAGCUUUUGUUGUGGGAUAUUUUGGAAGUCUUCUCUACAAAGAAUAGUGGUUGGUAGGCAGUGUUGCUGUGCCUUGAUGCUGGCCGGGCCUGUUGGGCGGCCAGUCUGGAGGGCUCAUGGGCCGGGUUCCAGGGGGAAGAGGAUAACCAUUUUUAGACAACCACUUAAUUUUGUGUUACCCAGUGCACACAUGGGAAAAUUUAUAGUAGUGGAGACAAAUUGAAAUCAACACUACUUGCAGCUGUUUCAGAGGCAAGUUGUAGUGUAAGAAGCUGACCAUGAAGUGACAACUGUGAUCACAGUGUCUCACAGCCGUGCAUGUCUCCUACCUGUUAGUUCAUAAUGAUGACUGCAAAGAUGAUGAUGAUGGUGUAGCCACAAGUGAAGUGAUAAACUAAUAACCCAGCCACAUUCUUCCCAGAUGGUAUAUAGACAUUUCAGUUCUUCCGACUCUUCUAAACUGUGUGCACUACUUGUCUUGCUCUUCAGCGGUUUUUGAGGGAGGAGUGUAGCUGGGAUGUGAACGAGAACAUUUUUUUGUAUAGUUUGUAUUAUGUAUUGUGAAUAAGGGUGAAAUUUUUUGCUAGACCAAGAUACUAUGAUUGCAUCUAUAAUGUAAAUUCUAGAAGGCAAAAAUGGAUGUUAUUGUACCAGUAGUGCUUCUACUUUAAUGGUACUUUUGUACUUUGAUGACUUUAGAGAAGAAUUAUUGCAUACCCAAUCUCAUUAGCAUAUUUGUAUUGCUCACGUAGUAAUGUUUUCUUUUUUAUUACUGCCGAUAUGUUAAGUAUAGUUUCCUUGAUUGUUCCAUGACAUGUGCUUCUGCCUGCUAGUGUUUAAGGCCCAAGCACCAUAAAAAUUGCUGUUGCAUCAUAUCGCUGAGUUCAGCAACUUGGGAUGCCAUUACUUCACCGUUCUUUAUGCCUCUGGAAAUUUUUUGGAUGAAUGUAGUGGAAAUUUUUAGUCUUUAUUUCAGGAUUUUCAGUAUAUAUGUAAACCUUAGGGGCAAUCUUUAUCUAUCAAAUUUAUUACUUUUUAUUAUAUAAUGCUUAGGAAAUAAACCUUUUUAUAUAUAAAGUUUUACAUCUGGAACAAAGCACUUGUCAAUAGAAUAAAUUUAACCUUAUUAGGGUUUCCCCUGUCCAGUAUACAGAAGGUCACUCUGCACAAAUCUUUAAGCAUUGGCAAUAAGCAAAAUUUUACUGGUGCUUUGCUGUUUUAUGAUAUCUUGAUUUGCCGUGUAAUAAAUAUAUUAAAAAGUUUACACCUUGACAA